AUGCAAGCAUCAGCAACGGAUAAUGAAAGCAAAUGGAAGUUUGCUCAAUGUUUUGGUGAUAAAGGCGAGUCUGACGAUAUAACAGAAGCUGAUAUCAUUUCGGCCGUUGAGUUUGAUCACACUGGCGAUUACUUGGCAACGGGUGACAAAGGUGGCAGAGUGGUGUUGUUUGAACGCAAUGAGAGUAAAAAAUCUUGCGAAUAUCGUUUCCACACAGAGUUUCAAUCCCAUGAACCAGAAUUCGACUAUUUAAAGAGUUUAGAAAUUGAAGAGAAAAUCAAUCAGAUCAAAUGGUGCAAGAGACAGAAUUCAGCACUCUUUUUACUUUCUACUAACGAUAAAACCAUCAAGCUCUGGAAAGUGUAUGAACGUAGCUUAAAGACUGUGAGUGAAGUUUCUAUGAUGUCAGAUCAAAUGCCAACAUCUGUUCCUGGAAACUUUGGGGCACCUAUUCAUCCUACUUUGAGUAUGCCAAAGAUCAAUCAUCAAGACACCAUUGUAGCUGCUGUCCCAAGACGUAUUUAUUCAAAUGCUCAUGCAUAUCACAUCAACUCGAUUUCCAUCAAUUCGGAUAGUGAGACGUAUAUCUCUGCUGACGAUCUUCGUAUCAAUUUGUGGAACUUGGAUAUCUCGGAUCAGAGCUUCAACAUUGUCGACAUCAAACCUGCCAACAUGGAGGAAUUGACUGAAGUCAUCACUGCUGCUGAGUUCCACCCAGAUCAGUGCAACUUGUUCAUGUACAGUAGUAGUAAGGGUACUAUCAAAUUGGCUGAUAUGAGAGAAGCUGCCUUGUGUGAUCAAAAUGCGAAGGUUUUUGAGGAACCCGAGGACCUAUCCAACAGAUCCUUCUUUUCCGAAAUCAUUUCCUCUAUUUCUGAUGUCAAAUUCAGUCAAGAUGGCCGCUACAUCUUGUCCCGCGAUUACCUGACACUAAAGAUUUGGGACAUCAAUAUGGAAAAGAAACCACUUCGCACCAUCAACAUCCACGACAACCUCAGAUCCAAGCUCUGUGACCUUUAUGAAAAUGACUGUAUCUUUGACAAGUUUGAAUGUACAUUUAGUGGCGAUGGAAGUCAUAUGAUGACAGGAUCUUACAGUAAUGAUAUCCACAUUUACGGACGAGAGGAGGGUGAUGAGGAGGCGACUUUGCAAGCAGACAAGAGUGCAUUCAAGGCAAAGAAACUGGGAUCUGCAAAGAACAAGAUUACAAUGAGCCAAGGUAAUCGAGCUGCUAAUAGUGCUGCGGGUAGAAGAAUGCGUGAGGACACGGAUUACAUGGACUACAGCAAGAAGAUUUUACAUUCUUCUUGGCAUCCAAAGGAAAACACAAUUGCUGUUGCAGCAACUAAUAACCUGUUUAUUUUCACUGAGUAA